CAUUUCAAAAGGCAGUCUAGUCUAUGCUCUUUUAGAAGACUUGGGAAUCUAAGAAGCAUUUACCUACAAUGAAAUUGACAAUAGUACUUUUAGCCUGUUUGGCAGCUGUAGCUGUUCAUUCAAGUCCUUUACAAAAGGAUGUUAAAAUUGCUGAUAAAGAACUUUUAGAAAAACAAAGGUUCUUCUUCGAAAUCCUUCGCCAUGUUGGCCAACCUUUGAUGCGCGAUGAAUUGAUGAAACAUGGAGAAAAACUAAUUGUUGAUGAAUCACACUAUUUGGUUUACGAUGAUUCCAUGAAAAUGUUCUACGAAACCUACAAAAUGGGUGGACUUUUACCCAAAGAUGAAUUCUUUAGUGUUGUCAAUAAAUAUCACAUCCAACAAGCUCAAGGACUCUUCCAUUUCUUCUUCCAAGCCAAAGACUGGGAAACUUUAAUCGAUAACAUUGUAUGGGCCCGAAUCAACUGUAACCAAGGAAUGUUUGUUUACGCCUUGAACUUGGCCGUCAUCCAUCGUCCAGACAUGAAGGGAAUCAUUCUUCCAUCAAUCUAUGAAAUCUUCCCACAAAUGUUCUUCAACAGCAAACUCAUAAUGCAAGCUGAAAAAUUCGACUGGGAACAAUGGAACAAGCAAAUUAUGUAUGAAAAACAAUGGCUCUCAAUUUUCGAGAAGAAACACAUGAAGAGUGUCCAUGACAGACAAUACCACAUGAUGGACUGGAAAAUGUGGCAAUGGUGGAAAUUGAUGGGUCUUGAACAAGAUUGGCAUUUGGAAGAUAAGUGCAUUUGUCGUGAAGAUUUGGACUCAUUGAAGAACGACUCCAAAUGGACAGCUAUUUGGAAUGACAUGAAGAUGAUCUGGACCCCAGUUGAUUACACCCGUGACAUUGAAAUCAUGAACCAAGAAUCCAAAUUGACCUACUUGACUGAAGAUUUAGGCUGGAAUGCAUACUGGUACUAUUUGAACAUGGAUUACUCCAUGAUUGUUGACAGCAAAAUGGUGCCAUUGAACAAGGAUCGUCGUGGUGAAUGGUGGUUAUACAAUGUUCAACAAAUUUUGGCCCGUUAUUAUAUGGAACGUUUAUCCCAUGGAAUGGGUGAAAUCAGUGAACUCUCAUGGCACGGACAUGUUGAUAUGGGUUAUGAUCCCGAAUUGAUUGCCUACAAUGGUAUUGGUUUCUCCAUGCGCAAGAAUUACUGGCAAAUUGAAUCACACAUGAAUUUGGAACUUUUACAAAAGAUCAUGAAUUUGGAACGUCGUAUCACAGAUGCUAUUGAAUAUGGAAAAUUCAAGACUCUCGAAGGAGUUAGUAUUGAUUUGUUCAAACCAGAGUCAAUUGAAAUUGUUGGCAACAUGUUGCAAGGAAAUAUGGAUAUGGUUGAUCGUGCAUUCUUUGGUUAUUGGAUGAAGAUGGCUAGUGUUUAUCUUGCUGGUGAACAAUAUGAAGCUAUGACAGUGAUGCCAAAUGUUAUGUUGAACUACGAGACUCAAUUGCGUGAUCCACUAUACUAUCAAUUGUUGAAGAAGACCAUGGUUAUGUUGAAGAGUUUCAAGAAAUUGAUUCCAUCUUAUAAACAUGAGGAACUUUUGUUGCCAGGAGUCACAAUUAAGGAUGUGAAAGUUGACAAAAUGAUGACUUACUUUGAUUUGGUCGAUUUUGAUAUUACCAAUUUGAUGAGUCACAAUUUGAUGAAUGAGAAUGGAAGUGGAAAAAUGUUGUGGGAUAAGACUUUGUUGGCUAGACAAAUGCGUUUGAACCACAAGCCAUAUACUGUUGAGAUGAUGGUUAAUUCGGAACAAGCUCAAAAGGUUGUUAUUCGUACAUUCUUGGCUCCAGAGUUUGAUGAAUUCGGUCGUAUGAUUGAUUUGAUGAAACAUCGUGAAAACAUCAUGGAAAUCGAUGCCUUCACCUACGACUUAGUUGCUGGAGAGAAUAUGAUUAAACGAUCAUCGAAAGACUACUUAUGGACUAGCAAAGAUCGUACAACAUUUGCUGAACUUUACAAAAUGGUUAUGAUGGCUAUGGAAGAUAAGAAUGAACUUCGUUUGGACAUUGCUGAGCCACAUUGUGCUUUCCCAGCUCGUUUGGUCUUGCCACGUGGUUGGGUUAAGGGUAUGCCAAUGAAGAUGAUUGUUAUGAUUAGUCCAUACAAAAUGAUGGAAGAACAAAUGGGAGUGACAUACGAUCGCAGUUAUUUGUGUGGAAUUGGAUCUGGCUCACGUUUCAUUGAUAACAUGCCACUUGGUUAUCCAUUCGAUAGAAAGAUUGAAAAUAUGAGUGAUAUGAUGGUGCCAAAUAUGUUCUGGAAGGAUGUUAAAAUUUAUCAUUUGGAGAAAUUUGAAAAACAUCAAAUGAAAUAUGAGAAUUUUGGUACUUUUGAUUACAAUAUGUUGUAGAUAAUUGUGUAGAGUAUAGAUUCUAGAGUAACGCGUAGAGUUAAUAAUAUAUAUGAUGGACAAUUUUUGGCUGUACUUUUUGUGUGUGUGGUCCAAAUUUUGACUUGAUAUCGAAGAUAAGAGCUUUCAAUGAUUCUCGUUGUUAUUAAUUAUAGAAUGCAAAUAAAAACUGUGAACGAUUUAACGAAAAAUAA